AUAAGAAGAUUCUUCUUUGCUUCUUUAUUUCUUUAGGGUUAGGGUUUCCAUUUAUCGGGUGUUACAGUUGAUUCCUCCAUGAAAUCGCAGAGGGGGCACAGCCAUAGCUAGUUUUUUCUUUGUCAGGUGUGUACAAUUUGAUCAUGGAGCCAGAGCCUCUUCAGAAUGGCGAUUCUGCUCCGUCAGCCCCUGUCCCUGCUCCGCCAUCGAAGAUGAGCAAUUUAGAGGAGAGUCUAAAACUUGAGCACCAGUUCUUGAAGGUUCCCUUUGAGCAUCUCAAGAAAUCCAUGAGAGUGAACCACAGAAUGGUGGAGAAAGAAAUGAGUGCUGUAAUGUUGACUGUGGCCGAGGUUUCAGAUCGAGACAUGUCCAGAGAAGAAGCGGUUCAUCACCUCACCUCUCUCGUUUCUAGGUUACAGGGUCUAAAGAGAAAGCUAGAGGAGAGUAAUAAGACUGAGCAGUUGCAAGCUCAACGAUGUCGAGCCCGAUUGGAUCACUUGGGGAUGCUUCAAGUUGGAAACCAACGUGAGUGGAGUGACAUAAGGGUGAAGCGAAUUCUUGUGGACUACAUGCUGCGUUUGUCGUACUAUAAUACUGCAAUAGAACUUGCAGAACAUAGCAAUAUACAGGAUCUUGUGGAUGUUGAUGUCUUCUUGGAAGCAAAGAAUGUGAUUGAUGCUCUUCAGAAUAAGGAAGUAGCACCUGCUUUAGCUUGGUGUGCUGAGAACAAGUCUAGGCUUAAAAAAUCAAAGGUAUAUGACAUACCAGUGGUGCAUGUGAGGAGCAAGCUUGAGUUUGAAUUGAGGCAACAAGAGUUCAUUGAGCUUGUCAGAGCUAAAAAUAGCAUGCAAGCACUUGCAUAUGUUCGGAAGUACCUGGCACCUUGGGGAUCCACUCACCUGAAAGAACUGCAGCAUGUAGUUGCAACUUUGGCUUUUACGAGCGAUACUGAAUGUGAAAAAUACAAGGUUCUGUUCGACGCGAAGCGGUGGGACUGUUUGGUUGAGCAAUUUAAGCAAGAAUUUUGCAGGUUAUAUGGCAUGAGUCUUGAGCCCUUGCUGAAUAUUUAUUUGCAGGCUGGCUUGUCUGUGCUUAAAACUCCCUACUGUUAUGAGGAAGAUUGUACUAAGGAAGAUCCUCUGUCACAAGAGAGUUUUCGAAAGCUGGCUUCAUCAUUGCCAUUCUCGAAGCAGCACCACUCAAAGCUUGUCUGCUAUAUUUCAAAGGAACUCAUGGAUGUUGACAACCCUCCAUUUGUCCUACCUAAUGGCUAUGUUUAUAGCACCAAGGCUAUGGCAGAUAUGGCCAAGAAAAAUGGUGGGAAAAUUACUUGUCCAAGAACAGGUUUGGUUUGUAACUUUACAGAUCUUGUGAAGGCAUUCAUUUGUUAAGAUCCCAGAGAAGACAUGGUGUGCCAAUCACUUCAAAAAAUUUUGAGGGUGAUUGUCUGACCUUGGGGUGUCUCCAAUUUGAAAUUAAUGGCGGUUGAUUGGCAUGUAAACAUAUGUAUAAUCUAGGAAAGAAUCCAUUGUACCAUUCAAUCCACCAUCUGUUUUAUUAUCCUUAUUUUUCCUUCCAAGGAAUGGGAGAUGGUCAAGCAAUUGUUCUCCGAUUUAUGAAUUGAUGUGUAAAUAUAGUAGGUUCUAAUCUCCUUGAGAUCGUUCUUCUAUGGGAAUAAAAAUGCGGUUCACAGAA